ACAUAAAUUGUUGAAACUGUCUGAUAAAUCAUAAUUACACGAUGGAUGAGACAUUAAUUGCUACCAUCAAUAAACUUCAGGAUGCAUUAGCUCCUUUAGGAGGUGGAUCAUCUUCACCAGUUGAUUUGCCCCAGAUCACCGUAGUGGGAUCUCAAUCAAGUGGGAAAUCUUCUGUAUUAGAAAAUAUUGUUGGUAGAGAUUUUUUACCAAGAGGUACUGGUAUUGUUACUAGAAGACCAUUAGUAUUACAAUUAAUUAAUAGAAGAGCUAAUCCUAAGACUUCUGCUAAUGAUUUAAUUAAUAUUAAUACUACUAAGGAAAAUGGUGAAGCAUCUGAAAAUAAUGCUGAUGAAUGGGGGGAAUUCUUACAUUUACCUAAUAAGAAAUUUUUCAAUUUUGAAGAAAUUCGUAAUGAAAUUGUUAGAGAAACUGAUGCAAAAACUGGUAAAAAUUUAGGAAUUUCUCCAGUUCCAAUUAAUUUAAGAAUUUAUUCACCUCAUGUUUUAACUUUAACAUUAGUUGAUUUACCAGGUUUAACUAAAGUUCCAGUAGGUGAUCAACCAAAAGAUAUUGAAAGACAAAUUAGAGAUAUGAUUAUGAAAUUUAUUUCAAAACCAAAUGCUAUUGUAUUAUCAGUUAAUGCUGCUAAUACUGAUUUAGCAAAUUCUGAUGGUUUAAAAUUAGCUAGAGAAGUUGAUCCUGAAGGUGCUAGAACCAUUGGUGUAUUAACUAAAGUUGAUUUAAUGGAUGAAGGUACCGAUGUUAUUGAUAUUCUUGCUGGUAGAGUUAUUCCUUUAAGAUUUGGUUAUGUUCCUGUUAUUAAUAGAGGUCAAAAAGAUAUUGAAUCUAAAAAGACCAUUAGAGAUGCCUUAAAAGAUGAAAGAGCCUUUUUUGAAAAUCAUCCAUCUUAUAGAGCUAAAGCUCAUUAUUGUGGUACACCUUAUUUAGCUAAGAAAUUAAAUGGUAUUUUAUUACAUCAUAUUAAGGGAACUUUACCUGAUAUUAAAAUGAGAAUUGAACAUUCAUUAAAGAAAUAUCAAAGUGAAUUAGCUUUAUUAGGACCAGAAAUGGCUGAAAGUCCAACAUCAAUUGUAUUAAAUAUGAUUACAAAUUUUAGUAAAGAUUAUAAUGAAAUUUUAGAUGGUGAAGCUAAAGAAUUAAGUUCUCAAGAAUUAAGUGGUGGAGCUCGUAUAUCUUUUGUUUUCCAUGAAAUCUUUAAGAAUGGGAUUUCUGCUUUAGACCCAUUUGAUCAAAUUAAGGAUACUGAUAUUAGAACUAUUAUGCAUAAUACAAGUGGUUCAGCUCCUUCAUUAUUUGUUGGAACUCAAGCAUUUGAAGUCUUAGUUAAACAACAAAUUCAUAGAAUGGAAGAACCAUCUGUUCGUUGUAUUAAUUUAAUUUUUGAUGAAUUGGUUAGAAUUUUAUCCCAAAUUCUUUCUCAACCUCAAUAUUCUCGUUAUCCUUCUUUAAAAGAGCAAGUUUCACAACACUUUAUUCAAUUCUUAAGAGAAGCUCUUAUUCCUACAAAUAAAUUUGUAACUGAUAUUAUUGAUUCUGAAGAAACUUAUGUUAAUACUGCUCAUCCUGAUUUAUUAAAGGGAUCUCAAGCUAUGUCAAUUGUAGAAGAAAAAUUCCAUCCAAAGCCUCAAAUUGCUGUUGAUCCAAAGACUGGUAAACCAUUACCUCCAGCUCAACAUCCUCAAUCUCCAUCACCACUGCAACAACAAAAUAAAGAGGAUGUUAAUGGAUUCUUUGGAGGAUUUUUCUCAUCCAAGAAUAAGAAGAGAUUACAAUCAAUGGAAGCUCCACCACCAGUAUUAAGAGCUACUGGUAGUAUGUCUGAAAGAGAAACUAUGGAAACUGAAGUUAUUAAAUUAUUAAUUUCUUCAUACUUUAAUAUUGUUAAGAGAACCGUAGCAGAUAUAGUUCCUAAAGCUAUUAUGUUAAAAUUGAUUGUAAGAUCUAAAAAUGAAAUUCAAAAGGAACUCUUGGAAAAAUUAUAUAGUUCACCUGAAUUAGCUGAUUUAGUUAAAGAGAAUGAAGUUACUGUCCAAAAGAGGAAAGAGUGUGUGAGAAUGGUUGAAGUGUUAAGAAAUGCCAGUGAGAUUGUUUCUAGUGUUUAGGGGCAUUAUGUUUAUAAUUUUAAUUUUAAUAUAUGUAGAAGAUUAAUAGUAGAA